UUUGCUCAACUUUUCAUUGAUUCUCAAAUAGUUUUAGUUUAUAUGUAUCACACACACAUACAUAUAUAAAUAUAUGUAAAAUUUGCAAAAUGUGCGACAUGGUCUGCGCCUAUGAUCCUGCAUGCCCGCCGGCUGCACGAGUAAAGGGUCGCCUGUUCACUGUACUGUUGCUUUACUGUUGGCAACGCGAGUACGAUAAGCGGCCGUACGAGAACUUUCAGUUUCGCCGCUUGGACUUUGAGGAGCGCAUGAAUCGUCGCUAUCACUGCAUACGUGAUUUUCGCACCAUUGUGAACUUUUUGCUGCAGCGUCAUCUGCAUUCCGUUUCCAUUUGGAGCGUGGGGCUUAGCAAUUGGGAUGCGCGUCUGUUGCAGGACUUUGUGCUGUCGCUGCAGUACGUGCGGCAGAUUGAGCUAAAGCUGAUGCGUCUGCCCCACGAGUUCUUUGUCAUGCUGCGCCUCAAGGCGCCCAACAUGAAGCUCAGGGAACUGAGCCUGGAGGGCACGCCACUCACCAGCGACGAUGCGCGCAUGCUGCGAGAAUUUCUGCUGGCCAGCAAGACGCUGCACACGCUGAAUGUCUGCUGCUGCAGCUUGACCCAAUACAACUUUGCCGAUGUGGCGGACGGAGUGUACAAGUCGGAGAGUAUGCGCUGCUUCCACGUGAGCCGACUGCUGGGCGGCGGCCUGACCCUGGACACAGAGAAAAUGAUCUCGAUUGUGGGCUCGCUGAUGAUGCAACGCAAACUGACGGAGCUCACGCUGCAGCUGUGCGAGUUCGUUGCCCAGGACAUGGAGACCAUUGCCGACUAUCUGCAGAGUCAAUACUGUACGCUGCGCAAGCUCAAUGUAGCCAACAAUCUGAUAUCAACGGAUGGCGCCAUGUUCCUGAUGCGCGGCGCUGCCAAGGGCAACUCGCUGGAGGUGCUCGACAUCAGUGGCAACUGCAUCGGCUCGCAUGGCGGCGAGUGGGUGGCCAUGUACUUCAGUGCGUGCAACAUGCUGCAGUAUUUGUAUCUGAAUAACAAUGAAAUCGGCGCUGCGGCAGUCAAUCUCAUUCUGUUGACCCUGAAGAAGCCGUGCCGCAUGAAACGCCUGCAACUGUAUGGCAACAAGUUUGAUGGGCGCACGGCCAUGAUUCUGCGCCGACUGCUGGAUGCCAAAGUAGUGCUGCAGGAGGAGAUCGACAUAAGCUAUACGUACGAUGAGGCGCUGCAGGACUAUCGUGUUAUACCUUGGCGAUAGAAAUUAAUGUAGUCCAGGGGGACUUUUUGUUUUCAUUGUUAAAUAUACAAAUCGACAGAGUGAGAUGAGUGAAUUAAAUUACAUAUUAAUUUA